GGAUUAAAAUUUGAUAUGGUAACUAAGGUAAGUUUGAUGUUAGUGAAUGAGAUUGCAGGAGGCAAAGCAUCUUUGUGAUGGAACCGAAAGGGCUAAAAGGUAACAUGGGAAACGGAAUAAAGGUGAGGCUACACUUGACAUUUUGUCUUUGACGCUGCACCUUCAUCUUUCCUUAACCUCUUCUUCCAAGUAAACUCUCUUCUCCUUCUUCUCCACCUCUCACCAAGCAUUCUCUCUUCCUUCUGCAAUGGCUGCUGCAAUCCACGCUACCAAGCAACAAAAGUUACCCCUUCAACAAAACCAACAAGACCCUAAUAAAUUCUAUUACCAUUUCCUCUAUAAAGCAGCACUCUUUCUCAUCUUCUUCGUUAUCCUCCCCCUCUUCCCCUCACAAGCUCCUCACUUCAUCAACCAAUCACUCCUCACCAGAAACUGGGAACUCCUCCACCUUCUCUUCGUCGGUGUCGCCAUCUCUUACGGCCUCUUCAGUCGCCGAAAUCACGAAGCAGAGAAAGAGAAUAACCACUCCAAGUUCGACACCGCCCAAACUCUUGUCUCUAAGUUCCUUCAGGUCUCUUCCUUCUUCGACGACGAGGCUGAAAACCCGCCGGAGUCCGAUGAAACCAAAGUCCAAACGUGGAGCAACCAACACUGCAGGAACGAACCUGUGGUUGUGGUUGCUCAACCGUUGAAAAAGCUUUCUAGUUUUGAUGACCAGAGUGGGGACAAGCCUUUGCUUUUGCCCAUUCGAAGCUUGAAGUCUCGCUUGUCUGAUGAUGAUAAAGAUGUUCAUGUUCAAUCUCUAAACAGGUCAAUGAGUUCUAGAAGAUUUUCAAGCACUUUGAAUAGAAAAGGAGAAGUUGUGGACGCUGAUGGUCCUACUGUUGAUGUUCAAUGUCUGAAUAGGUCAAAAACCUUCAAUAGAUUUUCAAGUAAUUCAAGUAAAAGUGCUGAAGUUGAAGCUGGUGAUGUUGAUGUUGAUGAUCAAUAUCUAAACAGGUCAAUGAGUUCCAAAAGGUUUUCGAGCAACUCGAAUAGAAAAGCAGAGGUUGAAGCCGAUGAUGUUGAUGUUGGUGUUCAAUCUCUAAAUAGGUCGACAACAUCUUCUAAAAGAUUUUCAAGCAAUUCAAAUAAAAAUGCAGAAGUUGAAGGAGCAAGAGCUGAGGACAAAAAGAAAGAGAGCGUGGUGCUUCCUUCUCCCAUUCCAUGGCGUUCUAGAUCAGGAAGAAUGGAACCUAAGCAAGAAGAAGUUGACGAUGCCUUUUCCCAUCAAUCUUCAAAGGAAGAAUCUCGCCCACCGAAGCCUCAAACCUCACGUUCUUUUCGAGCAAGUUCCUUGUCUUCUUUAUCAACAGAACCACUUGCCAAAAACUCAGAGGAUUUAGUGAGAAAAAAGGGAUUCUACAAAUCCUGUCCUCCUCCACCUCCACCACCCCCACCCAUGAAGCCAAGGUAUGGUGGACCUUCCUUGGAUAAAGAGUUGAAGAGAAGCUUCACAAGUGAGAAAAACAUGGCAGCAGGGAAAAAACUGGAAGAAGAAAAACAAUCCAUGCAACGCACGUCGUUUAGAAGUGACAGGCUGAUGGGGCAUGCAAGCGUGCCUCUGGUGUCACAGCCUGUUGAGAAAGAAAGCUUUCUUGAGAAGGUACUUGUGGAAUCUGAUGAGGAUGAUGAAGACGACACGGAAACCGAGGAUGAAGAUGUGGGAGGAGGAAUCAUGGUUGAGAAGGAGGGAAAAGGGAAGGGUGGAGAAAGUUCAAAAACAGAUAGUGGUUUUAGUGGAACAAGUGGUGAUGAAGGACCAGAUGUGGAUAAGAAAGCUGAUGAGUUCAUUGCCAAGUUCAGAGAGCAAAUAAGGCUUCAGAGAAUUGAAUCUAUCAAGAGGAGUACAAGGAAUGCAAGAAACUCUUCAAGGUAAAUAAUAUUCAACAUCCAUAUCAUAUCAUAUAUCCUUCUACUGCUCACUAAGUUAGUCAAAUGGGAUGUAAUUAAACUGACAAGGAUGUUUAUUUCCACAGAUUAAGGUUGUAAUUGGAUACUCCUUUCCUCUUCCCCCAUAAACAGUUCUGGCAUAGACAGAUUUACUGAUUUUACUUAUAUCUUCAAUAUCUCAAUUAUGCUUUUUAGCCAUUUGUUGUUUGUACGAGGUAAUUGUAGUGAAUUUAGUAUUCACCGAUUACAACUUACAGAUUGUCGGAGACAAAGGUUAAUAAUGUAUUUUUCAACAUAUUUUUUAA